UGUUUUAUACACAGACUGUGGCAUAUCAACAUUUUAGCUGGAUUUUUGUUGCUUACAACCUGUAUUCAAAUCUCAGUGUCUCAUACUGGAUACAGUAGAUAAAUGUUGCUUUUCAAAUAUAGUAUGGGAGAAAAUCCAGGAAUAUGAUGUCAUCAACAGAGGGAUGAGUCUGUUCUGUUCAGGGAGGGGCAGAAAACCAGAAGUUAGACUUGUUCAUGCAACAGAAGGAGCUUGGCUGUUCCCAGAGACGUGUUGCACUUCACUCAUUUGUACCUGCUCAGUGGUGGAUUUGCAGUCAAGUUCCUCAGUCUGGUUCAACAUGAAGCCUUGUGAGUCUGAAGAGUGUAACUGUGAGGAUAACCGCAGUGUGCAAAGGAACAGGAGAAGAACAGGAGAAGAACAGGAGAAGAACAGGAAAUGUUCAAGCUAACAUUGCCUCAAAAAACAUCCACUGUCUACAGCCUCAAAUGUGCUAAAGCCCAUUAGAGGUUCAUUAUGUAAACACUGGAAAUUAAAAAUUAAAGUAAUGGGGUCAGUAAAAGCAGAACAUUUUAGGAAAAUUUCAGACACUUCCUCUAUUUCUCCAAAAUAAUUAGUGCCUCUUCAGUGAAAGAGAAUUGAAAGGACAUUCUGAGUAACUUUCAGAGCAUGUUUCAGAGGUGCCACAACGGCCACCUUUUGAUAUUCACUUACACAAAUAUACCAAUCAAAUCCCUUCUAAGGCCGAAGAGACGCGGACAAGCGGUCCCACUGCACUUGGACUGGAUGGAAACAAGAGCCUCGGUGCACUGAGCCUGGGGAUAGAUGACAAAGAUGCAUUUUUGCAGAUUGAAAGAAGAGCAGGCGGAAAUAGAAGCUUCAAAAAUAAGCCUUCUGGAGAAGAUACAGGAUUUAUAAAGAGGGUGUCUUGCCUGUGUUUUUCUUGACAUUAAAUUCCAAAAGUAAAAGUCUUCCACAGAAGAAAUGGUUUCCAACACAACUGAGAAUGUUACACAACUUUACAACUUCAUGGCCACCCAAAACCUCACUGCCAGUCCAGCAAAUUUCCACAAUAAUUCAGGAGUGCAUCAGCUGAAUCCAUAUGUAUGUAUCAAUCCAAAUAUAUGGAAAUGGCUAGAAGAUUUUCAGCCUGGAUUCCUUUGGUUUAUAUUUAUUCUGGGAGCAAUUGAAAAUUCUUUUGUACUCACCGUCCUGUGUUUCCACAAGAGUCGCUGCACAGUGGCUGAGAUUUACCUGGCAAACAUGGCCCUUGCUGACCUGAUGUUAGUCUGUGCUUUACCUUUCUGGGCCAUUAACAUUUCUAAUAGUUUUAAUUGGCCUUUUGGCCUGUUCCUCUGCAAAGCUGUCAACAUAAUGAGUAACGUGAACUUUUAUUCUAGUAUUUAUUUCCUGACAUUAGUGAGCAUUGACCGCUAUCUGGCCUUGGUGAAAACCAUGUCUCUUGGACGGAUGCGACGAACCGUUUGUGCCAAAUGGAAUAGCUUUGUAGUCUGGACAUGUGCAUUGCUCAUAUGUUCACCCACAAUGGUGUUCCGAAAUUUAAAGUAUUACGAAGAAUACAACAUCACAGCCUGCGCUCUUGUUUACCCAGUCAGCUACUGGGAGCCUGCAAGCAACUGCUUGCUAAAUAUUGUGGGCUUUGUGAUCCCACUCUGUGUAAUUACUUAUUGCACUGUGCAAAUCGUCAAAGCCUUAAGAACCAGUGAACUACAAAAACUGAAGCUAGUCCAGACAGAGAGGAAAGCCACCGUGCUGGUCCUUGCUGUGCUCUUACUGUUCAUCGUUUGUUGGCUUCCAUUCCAGAUAAGCACAUUCAUUGACACAAUCUGUUACCUCGCACCCACUUUCAAAUGCCUGGAAGAAAUCAAUGAUAUAGUAACUGAGAUAGCUACUUACUGUGCCUUUAGCAACAGCUGCCUGAACCCAGUCCUGUAUGUAAUUGUUGGGAAGCACUUCCAGAAGAAGGCUGUGGAAUUCUACAAGGGCUUGUUCCCAAAGAGGUGCAGAAAAUCACAGUCAGUGCAGAUGGAAAACUCUCUGGACACUUUAAGAACUUCAAUUUCAAGUGAAUAUUCAAGGAAAAAGUCUGUUUUCCCAUUACCACGAUAACACUAAUUGUUUAUUACAGGAAAAAAAGCCUUCUAACACAUCAGUCUCUGCUAAUAUACAUCUGCUGCUGCUCCACAAAAUAAACAUGUGGUAGUGUUCAUACUUUGUGGGAAAACAACUGUUUUAUCUUCACGGAAACUCCAUACAGAGACUUGCUUCUAAUGUUAUUAGACAUUUUCAUGAAUGAAUCCUACUUUGUAGCAUAGUUACAUUUUCAUGGCUGAAUAAUGUUUGAUGCAUGUAUCAUUUGAAAUGUUUGCAUUUCUAGGGUGUACAUACAUGUAUCUCUGAACAGAGCCUCAGUAUAGAAGCUGUUGUCAGGACUGUGCAACUGCUCAUGGUACCCAUACAGUUUGUUAAACUAGAUAUUUGAUAGGAAACACUUGUAUUUGAGUUCUGGCAAAUGAAUUCUGUAGGACUAUUAUUCAAAUGGAUUUUAAGGUGUGGCCAUCAUCUGAUGUUUUACUUUCUCUGUUUAGUCAUCCAAAACUAUUUUGAUUAUGUGAUUAACAAACUGUGCCUUUUUGCAACUGCUCUGACCCUGCUAGUUACAUCAGCUUGGGUGCAUGGAAAGUAGCUCAAAAUAGGCAAAGCAGUAGCAGAAGGAAGACUGCAGCCAGCUGCUCGAAGUUAGCUGAGUGUUCUUCAUAGCAGGAGAUUCUUUACCCCUUCUCCAACAGGGUAAAAGUAUUCGCUUUCACCAUUUGAGUGAGUGGAUGUUAUUUGAACUCGUAUCUACUCUUCAACUCAAAGACUUAGUUUUUAAUAUUCACAAAAGGUAAUUAAUAUUUGUAAUAUUAUUUAAUUGAAACAUAAAAGCUCAGCAUAACUCAUAUAAUCUCACAAGUAGAAGAAACUGAGAAUGUGAAGGAGACUAUCACUUACAUGCAUUAGAAAUCUAACUGAAGCUAAUAGGAGUCUUGAAAGUUCAGAGUAUUCAAAAAUAACCUUUUCAGGCUGUAAUAAUACCUACAUUUUAUUCGUAGAGUUAAUCUGAGUGAUUUUUGUACAAGAUAGCUUUUCCCCAACUGGACUGGGUUUGUGAUAUAAAUUGAGUUUAUGCAGAAGACAAACUCAUGGUAUACUGAAUUGUCAGUGUGCACUUUUACUGCUAGGAAUAUUGAUAAAAAACUGAGUCGGAGAUGAUCUAAAAUCUUCUGAAACUAAUAGAGCCUUUGUUCUUUUCAAAGCACUUAAGGUUACAGCCUUAAAAUCACCAAGGGAAAUGGAGUUUGUUGACGUAAGUAAACUCAGACUGUGACUGCAUGUUCUUCAUUCAUCAGAGCUUGAAUGGAGCAAUAAAGUUCUAUUUAGGAUGGGAAAUUUGUAUUAAACCCAAAAAUGCUCUAGAAGUGUGUGGAUGUGCUAUACAACUAUGGGAUUUAGGUCACCAUAGAGGAUUUAUAGACAACUUCCAUAGAUUUUCUUUAAAAAUCCAGUAUAAUCCUAUGUCAUAAACACUUCUAUUGUUCAUUCUUUAAAUAAUCCAAGAUACCUAUGAUGAAACACUGAAAGGCUUCCUGUUAUCUACAGUGUUAUCAAUACGAUCUUGUUCAGAAGCAUGCUAUUCACAAAACCAUUAAAUAGAAGGAAAUCUAUACAGAGAUUAUUGAAGAAAUGGAAGAGAUUUAUGAGUAUUUGGUACUGAGAAGUAAAAUAUAAAUAUGUUAUUAUAGUAAUAUGAUAUUAAUUUAAAUCAUGUAAAUAUAUAGACACAUUAUUUUGCUAUGCACUAAGCAUGUACAACAGAGAAUAAAGUGCUUUAAGAAAUGA